AUGACGCUACAUCAGCGUCAAAUAUUUUUGCUAUUUAUAUUCCUAUUGUUACGGCAUUCUCGAACUGUACCCUCAGGGAAGUCUCCAAAACUUAGAAGCUGGAAAUUAGGUGAUACUGGCGUCUGUUCCGGCACGAACAAUGGCCGCUCAUUAGCCGGGUCUGAAAAUCGUAUACAGGAUCUCACAACGAUGUACGAAAAUUGCACACGAGUCUACGGUAACGUCGAAAUCACUCAUCUAACAAAGACGACGUUGACAAAUUGGACAGAUGCCGAUUUUAGCCGGAAAAUGAAGAUAUUCGAACAUAUACAAGAGAUCAAGGGAUACCUUUUGAUCUACAACGUCGAUAUUCGAAGCAUUGAUUUUCCAAACUUGAAAAUUAUUUGGGGUGAUGAUUUGUUGGAUGAUAGCAGCGCUCUAACUUUGAGUAGCAACCUUGAGCUGAAGGAGCUGCGAAUGCCAAAAUUACGAGCGAUUCAUAAAGGGAAUGUACGCAUCGAAAACAGCACUUUCUUGUGUUAUCUUCAGUCAAGAGUUAACUGGAAUGAGCUGCUCGAAGAUGAUGCUGCUAACCGCAUGUUUACUUCCGAUUCGGCGUUUCGACAAUGCAACCCAUCUUUGAUGAAAUGUACGGGCUGUGAACAUUGUUGGAGUGGGAAGCAGAAAUAUUGCCAAGAAGAGUAUCGAUCCGUUUGCGGUGAUAAAUGUGCUUCUCGUCAAUGCUAUCUACCGGCUAACUCCAGCGACUACGAAUGUUGCCACGAAGCUUGUACUGGUGGUUGUACAGGACGUGGUGCUCAUCAGUGUGUGGCUUGUCGAGAGUUAAGCUUGGAUGGUGCAUGCGUCCACCAGUGUCCGCCUAUGAUGGUACACGAUCCAAAGAGAGGCAUGCUUAUCCCGAACCCUAAAGGACGUUACGUUUACGAUCGAUAUUGUGUGGAAGAGUGUCCCAAAGAACUGUUGGUAGAAAGAGAUGCUUGUGUUCGUCAUUGUUCCGAAGGAUCACAUCAUGAUAUGACAAAGGAUUCAAGAAGGUGUGAACCAUGUAAAGGAGUCUGUCCAAAAGUAUGCCAAGUAACAAAAGCGUUAACUGGUUCAAUUCUACGCAAUCUUACUGGAUGUGAAGAAAUUGACGGAUUCAUUGAUAUUCAAGACUCGAAGAUGAGGUCGAGUAUAGACGGUUUUACCACCGACGAUCUGAAAGCGCUGAAGUCCGUUCGUAUGAUUUCGGAGUAUGUACAAAUGGCGACACAGACGGUUUCGCCACGAAAUUUGUCAUUCCUUGAGAACCUUGAGUUCAUCGAAGGCCGAAGCCUAGUGACGUCCAAAUUUGCACUUGCGAUCAACAAAAACGACAAUCUCGAACAACUCGGGUUACGUAAGCUGAAGAAAAUCAAAGCUGGAAGCGUUAUCAUCACCGAAAACCAUGGAUUGUGUUAUGCACAAACGAUCAAAUGGGAACGGAUCAUUGCUUCCACUGCUCAAGCACUCAUCACUAAGAAUAUGGACCGAAAGUGUGAGCAACGUGAAAGGGUUUGUGAUCCGACAUGUGAUCCAGCAUUAGGAUGUUGGGGACGAGGUCCAACAAUGUGUACCAAGUGUCGGUAUUGGCAGCUGAAUGACACAUGUGUUAAAGAGUGUCCAAAAGAAGGAUACUACCAAGAUCGCACCACAAAGAAAUGUUUACCUUGUUAUGAAGAAUGCCUUACUUGUAAUGGUCCAUCUGAACAUGACUGUCUCACGUGUCGGCACGUUCAGUUGGUCACAGACGACGAAUUGACCUGUCUGACUGAAUGUGCUAUCACCCAUUACCAGGAUGGGGACGAAUGCAAGCCAUGUCACAAAAGCUGUUCCAACCUCACAUGUACUGGUCCUGGAGAUCACCUUGGAGACGAUGGUUGCAUGGAGUGUCUUUACGCGCAGGUAUCGGAAGAACAUGAGGUCAUUCGAUGUAUUGCUGCUCCUUCAAUGCAGGAAGCGUGUCUCAACGUUCCAGGACAUUAUCCAUCUACACAACCGAUAAAAGGAAUUAGACUAGUGCAUUGCGAUCCAUGCGAUGACCAAUGCGCUUCAUGUACUUCAUCUGGACGAAACGCCAUUGCUAAUGGAUGUGUUUGCAAAGGUUACGCUAAUGAGAUGAUGAGGGAUUCGAUAUGUUUCGACAGAUGCUUCGAGUCACAUUACAUGGCGCAACCACGAAAUGGAACACGCCCUGGAGUAUGUAGCAGUUGUCAUCAUCUAUGCGAUCGUGGCCAUGGUUGCACAGGACCAUCAGCAGCUGAGUGCACUUUGUGCAUGCAUGCUACUAUACCUGGAGAACCUAAUGAAUGCGUGACUGAAUGUCCGGAAGAAUUUCCGUUCAUAGAUGAUUUCAAGAUGUGCCAUAAAGUUGACUUGAAAAAGGAGCGUGAGAGACGCUCAAAGAUAAUUGCAACCGUUCUUGUUAUUGUAUUCACAGUGCUAGUAAUUGCAAUGCUUAUCGUCUGCAUGCGUUGUCGCACAUUCAAGCGGAAAUUGCUCAAGGAACAAAUCAGCAAUUACGUCGACAUACCAGAGAUGACUCCCAUUGAUCCUUCUAUCCGCUCCAAUAUGAGUCGUGUGAAUUUGAUCACUGCAGGAGAGUUGCAGACAAAAGGAGCACAGCUGGGGGCUGGUGCAUUUGGAGUUGUUUAUGCAGGCUUUUGGUUCCCAAAAGGAAAAGGCAAGAUUAAAGUUCCGGUUGCAAUAAAACUGGUCAAAGGCACCUGUACGGGAAAAGAAGAGUCAGAAAUGCUGAACGAAGCAAUGCAGAUGUCCUCACUACGUCAUGAACAUCUUUUGAGACUAGUAGGAAUUUGUCUUCAGGAGGAAGGAAUACAAUUGGUGACACUUCUUCGUCCACUAGGAAAUCUGCUGAAUUUCCUCAAAAAACACAAGGCUCAUCUUUGCGGAAAAGAUUUACUGUUAUACUGUUAUCAAAUAUCUUCUGCAAUGAAAUAUCUCUACGAACAUCGCGUGAUCCACCGUGAUUUGGCUGCAAGAAAUGUUCUUGUGAAGAGGCACAAUCACGUGGAAGUAACUGACUUCGGUUUGGCGAAGCUUCUCGACUAUGGUCAGGAAAAGGUGAAAGUGAUGGAAGGCAAAGUAGCAAUUAAAUGGCUAGCACUGGAGUCAUUGAGAGAUCAGAGUUACACACAUCGUACAGAUGUAUGGGCUUUCGGUGUAACAUGCUGGGAGAUUCUUACGUUUGGCCAGAGUCCUUAUCAAGGGAUGGAUAUAUGUUCGAUCAAGAACUUCCUCAAGGAAGGCAAUCGUCUGUCGCAACCAAACAACUGCUCAUCCGAACUUUAUCAAGUGUUAUUGCAGUGUUGGAUGGCAAAUCCAGACUCGAGACCAACCUUCACAAUGUUGCACGAGCGUUUCCAGAAUUUCUGUCGAAUUCCUCAUCUUUACGUUGUGGACCAAACUACGCCUCAAGCUUUCAUCGAGACGGAAAGCCAACGAGAUUUAUUGCGAGAACUGCUGAACGAUUCGGAGAAUGAUUUCACAGAUCCGUUGAACUACUUUGAAACAUGUGAAAAUCCUGAAACGCCGACAAGUGAUUUUGAAGGGCCGUUUGCACCACGAAAUGUACUACGAUUACAGUCAACAAGUUCGCAUAGGUAUCAGACGGAUCCGAUGAUUCGACCGACUGUGCGAGCGACCGAGCUUGGUAUGGAUGAUGGAAAUUACUUAAUACCAAAUGCAAAAUUAAUGAAUGAGCAACAUGCAACUUUGUAUACGCCCGUUGUAGUGAACGAAAAUGGAGCAACAGAGUUGGUAAACAGUCAUGACUACUACAAUGAGGCUAAAGGCAAAUCGGAUUAUUACAACGACGUGGUUGGUAUUCGACCAUCAGAGCAGCUGGUACAGAUCAAAGAGGAGAACUUAGAAGAUGCUGAGAAGGAGAGCUGUUUAUGA